AUGGCGUCCCGCGCCUCCAUCGCCGCUGUGCUGCUUGCUGUGCUACUCGGCUAUGUAUACAACGCCUAUUUGCAGCGACUGCUCUUUGUAAUUGGCGCAUUUCGACAACCAGGAAGCACAGAAUUGGCUUCUGGAGAUUUUAUUGUUAUUGACAGCACAUUACACUGCGAGGACCUGCAUUAUCACGACUCUACCGGUCUAAUCUUCACUGCUUGCGAAGGCUUCAAAGGGAGCCGUCUGAAAUGGUUCCCUCCGAUCGACCACUUUUUUGAGCCAUCAAACCCUGGGCUCCAUAAGGGAAAUCUCCAAAUCAUUGAUCCAAAGACAUUCAAGGCGCAGGUUCUGGAGCUUGAAGGCUUUAGCGGUCCAUUCGUGACUCAUGGCAUUGAUGUCAUUGAUGACCCAGAGAAGCCAAAGGGCGAAGCAGUUUACAUAUUUGCGGUUAAUCAUAGGCCUAAUCCCAAACAUUAUGGUGAGAAUGGAGAUGUCAAUGCUCCGCGGUGUUAUUCAGUCGUGGAGCUGUUCCGUCACGUUGUUGGAUCAGGCAAAGCAAGUCACGUCAGGACUAUAUGGCAUCCUCUCAUCACGACGCCAAAUGACAUAUUUGCCAUGUCUCCAACGUCGUUUUUGGUAACCAACGAUCACUACUUCAGGACCGGAUUUCUACGCGCCUUGGAAGAUAUUACGACUCUAAUCACACGCACAAAUACUGUUCAUGUCCAGGUCCAGGACCUGAAGCCGGUUGAAGAUGAUGACUCAGGAGUCCACGCGUCAGUUGCACUGGACAAACUGCAUAACUUAAACGGGAUCGGACACGGUCGAACUGAAGAUGAAGUGUUCGUAACCGGCUGUGGCAGCGGUCUCAUGCAUGUGGGCAAAAUCCUCGAGGGAAAGGAAGCCGAGAAAAUCAUCGACGUCAGCAAAACCAUCGAAUUUGGCAUACCUAUCGACAAUCCAACCUAUUUCAAGGAUCCUUAUGCUAACAAGACUUUCGAUGCAAGCGGGGUUGUUGCCUCUGGGCCCACUAGAGCCGUAGACUGGAUGAAAAAUAAGGCAAUGGAGAGUGUUCUGGAUCCUAGUAUGGUGUGGAUGGCCUCGCCAAGGUUCAGCGGACAGAAAGAAGAAGGUGCUGCAAAAGGGGAGGAAGACUGGGAUGUCAAAGUCAUCUUCCAAGAUGACGGGCAAAGAGUCCGAACCGCCAGCGCCUCUGUGUUGCUGGCUAUUGAUCCCAAAGAAGAGCAAGGCAGACGACGCGCGUGGCUCUUUGUCUCGAGCUAUCAUUCUUACAACGUCGUUGCUGCCAAGAUCGAUCUGUGA